AUGGAAAGAGGGGAGAUCUGGCUUGUGCGACAAUCAAUAUCCAAUCAUUUGGACAGGAAGCCUGACAAAUAUGAGACAUACCUCCCAACAGGGCUGCUGAAUCACGUUACGAGUGAGUUUUGUCUGGCAUCGCGCUCUUUUUCCCCUCGCA